AUGAGCUCGAUCCAUCCACAGGCGGGUGAUCAGCCUCGGAAGAAGAUCCGAAAGGGGACCCGCAGUUGCUGGCAAUGCAAACAUCGCAAAGUCCGCUGUGAUUUUGCGUCCGAUAGCGACCAAAGCUGCAGACAAUGUCUUGCUCGGGGACUUCCAUGUCGCAGCCAAGAAUUCCUGGAACCUGAGAAUCCCCGUGAUUCGGACCGCACAUAUCUGAACGAACGGAUGGCUCGGGUGGAGACCCUGUUAGAGAAACUUCUGAUACGAGUCGACGGUAAUGGGAAUGGGAGUAGUCAACAUGGGGACUCGAAAUCAUUCAUAGAUUGGGUGGAAACCAGCCCUGGAUCGAGCCCCCCGACCGUGACCCCAACCAACCAAGCGGUUAGUGCGACAACUCGCAUCGGACUAGGUUUCGAACAAUCAGAUCCCCCUGCGCCCGAUCUUGCAUCAUAUGCCACAAUCAACCGGGACUGGGAGAGACUGCGCCGCGAUCUGAUAGCCAUGAUACCCUCUAAGGAGACAUUGAAAAUUAUAUCGGAGGCUAGCAGUAGCUGGUGGCUUAUGCGCGUGCAGUUCUUCGAAGACUACGAUCAAUCAUUGCUUUCGUCCUCGGUGGAAACACUGCAAACCAGCCACCCGGCUGUAGUCGGUAAGGCCAUUCUGUGGAUUGCACUGUGUCUCCAACAACUGCCUUCAGAGUGUGAUUUGUCCUCCCUCGGGCUUUCUUGCCUACCAUCGGUCUUGGUUGAAGAAUGCAUCACCCGUGUUUCCACGUUUGUCUGCGCUGAUGACUCCAUCGUCAGUUGUCUUGACGGGCUCGAGUGCUUGAUUUCACAAGGGUUGCUUUUUAGCAAUGACGAGAAGCUACGAAGUGCAUGGCUUUCUACUCGUCGGGCCGCAGAUAUCGCCCAGGUAAUCGGGUUUCACCGUGCUGAACCAGCUAGCAAUAGAAGCGCCGAAUUUCAAAAUCGGGCUAGUGACCCCCAAGAUUUACCCGUUCACAAUGCAUCCGCUCUGAACCCGCUUGCUCGGAUAGCUGGAUUGAUCAUUGACCGUAAUCAGAUCUUUACAGAAGUUACUCCGGCCAUGAUACAGAUGACACAAAUCAUCGAUGCGGAACUUCAAUCGUUCACGCCCCCUCCUUUGGAGUCACCCGACAAUAUUCCGCCUGGCAAGUCUAUCAAGCGGUCCAAUUGUUUCCUAGAGCUUCACUAUCGGCUAUGGUACUACCAGCUCAUGGUGUGGCUACACUUGCCUCUCCUACUAGCGUCAGGUACUGAUAACUCCUAUGAAUAUAAUCGGAAAGCCUGUCUCCAAGCCUGCCGCCACUGCAUCAGUUGCUAUGACAAUCUCCGGCGCACCACUGAAAGCGGGUUUGACUCGAAAGUUCUUCAUUUCCAAGCCUUUGCUACGGUAAUGACAAUCAUUAUGAAUAGACUCGGCCCAUUUGGCUCGCAAGACUUUGACAAAGAAGACCACUUUGUUAUCGACCGGAUUGAGGCUAUUCUACAGCCAUUAUCAAAAACCGUUUCUCCAGACAAGACUGCAACUCGAGGGUUGCACGUCUUGAGGACUAUUAUGGCGAUAGGAAUCAGGACCGAACUCCCGCGAUUUGACGCGUCGGAAGGACAAUACCAUAAUGGAAGACUUAGUCGCAUCAAGCUUGAUAUUCCAUUUUUCGGUCGGGUACAACUCGAACGUCGUGCCUUCGCCGACCAAUCAUCUAAAAGCUUUACUGUGCCCACCACCGUUCCUGGGCAAUACUACCCAUCAUCUUCACGGAUGCUCACGAUCCCGGAGCCCGGUUAUUUAAUGGAGCAGGUUGCCGAGACAGCCCAGCGGGCGGAUGACAGCUUGUGCUUUGAUCCGAGUAACGAGUUUUGGGCUUUCAACUCUCAAUUUACCUUUCAGCCUCCGUUUUUGGCCGAUUUUGAUUUCAACUGGGAUAAUUGGGGGAUGAAUGUUGGAAUAUGA